GCUUUUAUGCUGUACAACGGACCAAAGUUGAUUUUUGUUUUGUGGAUGUGUUCACAUUAUUACUUUCCCAUGAGCUCAUGCGUGUACAACAUGUCCAGAGAGAAGCAAAAGCAAGCAAAACGACGGGUGUUUGGUAGGAAAAAGAACAAAGAUGAGCAGCAGAUAAAUUCAAAAGGACAAAAAGACCACGGCUUGCCUAAUGUUUGUGCCUUUAAAGAACAUGGUCAGAAACAGGCUGAACUUCGAAAAAAAAGACUGGAGGAGAAGCAGGAGCGGCAGCGGCUGUCAAGGGAAAAAGAACUCAUGAAGAGAAGAAGUCUUGACAGCUUUCAGAAAGACAUCCUGCAGCGACAAAGAGAUUUUGAACAAAGGGAAAGAGAAAUGAACCUUUUGGAAAAGCAUGAACAUUUUGAAAAUGAAAAUUCUAAGAAGGCAUAUUACAGAGAAUUUAAAAAAGUAAUUGAAGCUGCAGAUGUUAUUUUGGAGGUUUUGGAUGCGAGAGACCCUUUAGGGUGUCGCUGCCCUCAGGUUGAGCAGGCUGUGGUCCAGAGUGGAACAAACAAGAAAAUUAUUCUUGUUCUUAACAAAAUUGACCUGGUUUCCAAAGAUGUCGUGGAAAAGUGGAUUAAGUACCUUCGCAAUGAGUUCCCCACUGUGGCCUUUAAAGCUUCAACCCAGCAGCAAAACAAGAACCUGAAACGCAGUCAUGUGCCUAUUAAUCAUGCCAGUCAGGAGCUUCUUAAGAGCAGUGCAUGUGUCGGGGCUGACUGUCUCAUGAAACUGCUUGGAAACUAUUGUCGCAUCCAGGAUAUAAAGUCUGCCAUAACUGUAGGAGUAGUGGGAUUUCCCAAUGUUGGAAAGAGCAGUUUGAUUAAUAGUUUAAAACGGGCACGAGCAUGCAGUAUAGGUGCAACUCCUGGUGUAACAAAGUGUCUACAGGAGGUGCAUUUGGACAAACACAUUAAACUUUUGGAUUGUCCUGGUAUUGUCAUGGCAACAUCAAUGAGUGAUGCUGCUAUGAUUCUUCGGAACUGUGUAAAAAUUGAGCAGUUAGUGGAUCCACUACCAGCUGUUGAAGCAAUUUUAAGGCGCUGCAAUAAAAAACAAGUCAUUGAUCAUUAUGGCGUGCCAGACUUCCACACAACACUUGACUUUCUGGCAUUGCUUGCUCAUCGUCAGGGCAAGCUAAGAAAAGGUGGGCUGCCUGAUAGCGAUAAGGCCGCUAAAAGUGUCCUUAUGGAUUGGACAGGGGGGCGUAUCAGCUAUUUUACGCACCCUCCAGAAACACACACUCUACCGACACAUGUUAGUGCUGAGAUUUUGACUCAAAUGGGAAAUGAGUUUGACUGGGAUGAACUAGAGAAGGACAACCAGAUGACAUUAGCUGAAUGUAAUUUAGGUAAUGUUGAGAUGGGUAUAUGCAUGACUACAUUAGGGAUGACUGAAGUUGGUCAGAGAGAGGCAACAGAUCUAGAUCUGGAAACUUUAGAUGAGACUGAAUCCCACACCACUGGUGAAUGUAUGGAUGAAGAUAAGAAGUUUGAACCCAUGACAGUGGAGUUGAAAGCAGCAAAAUCAAAAUCUGCUGGUGCUGUGGAGGUGUUGGCUCCAAAACUUGUGGACUUAAAAGAUAUUCUGGCUAUUGAUCCACUACAGCAAGGACAGGCACUUACAGCUGCUAACAAAAAGAGAAAGAAGCAGCAAAAAAGAGCAGACAAACUUGCCAUGAAACUCUCAGAUUCUCUCACAUCUGCCAUGAAUUUCACCUUCCUGGAAUAGCUAAAAUUAUGAGAAGCUCUUGGGUAAAUGAUUAAAUAUACUUUAUGUAUGUAUAUUUAAUUUGUGUGCAUGUGUUUCAAUUCAAAAAUAAAUGAAAAAUAAUAAAGCAUUAUUUUGCAGUCUGUA